AUGAAAUACUGUUCCUUAAAUAACUCACUUAGAAAUAAAGUAUGCUUAAUUAAUAUUUCAAACAACCACACAAACAAUCUGAGACGUAAAUUAUUUCGGAUCAGUUCCAUUUCAUUACUCAUCACAUCGCUUACAGUUACAUAUUGCAUAUCAUGUGCAGCUUAUUACGAAUUUAUGUUGAAGGAAUUCAGUUUAGUAAAUAAUCGCAUAUGUCAAUACUUAUUCUCAAAGAACUUGAGUUGGCUGGAGUACAUGGUGGUGAGAAGUAUUCAAUCACCAUCAAACGGGGACUACUCAAAUUUGACGAACUCUCAUGCAUGCAGUGAAUUCAAGUUAUUUCGUGGUGAAGUUGUUCAGUCGACAGUGGAAGAAAAACAAUUCCCUCUUGCAUUCAGUUUAGCUAUUCAUGAGAAUAUUAAACAGGCAGCUCGUCUCCUUCGUCUAAUUUACAGAUCACAUAAUUUGUACUGUAUUCAUGUGGAUUCUAAAUCACCACAAGUUUUUUAUAAUGAGGUAAUGGAGUUGGCUAGAUGCUUCGGUUCGAAUGUGAUGGUGGUGAAUCGAUCGGAAAGUGUGGAUGUUCGGUGGGGAUAUUAUUCCAUAUUGGAAGUGUUCCUUCUAUGUGCAAAGAAGUUGAUAAACAACAGUGAGAUUAACUGGAGGUAUAUUCUGAAUGUGAGUGGUCAAGAACUACCACUUCGCACCAAUUGGGAAUUGGUUGCCUUGUUGAAAGCGAUAAAUGGGUCAAAUAUAGUUGAAAAUUUGGGACCUGGGCAUAAUCCAGAACGUUGGCCAAAUAAGAAUCUCACGUUCCCGAUCAUUUGGAGUAAAGGAAGCUUUUACAUGGCGUUAAGGCGCGAUUUUGUUGAUUUCUAUCAGAAUGAUCCAAAAGUAAACGAAUUACUUGACGCCAUAAAAGCAGAAAAACAUUUACCGAAGCAUCCGGAUGAGCUAUUUUUCUCUACAUUGAAUUACAAUCCAUUACUUGGAGCUCCUGGUGCUUGCAAAGAAGAAUAUCUUACAAGUGACUUUGAUAUACGAGCGAUGUACAUAGGGCGUUUUGUACGGUGGGCCUAUAGAUCCUGUAGACGUGGAAAAAUUAGAAAUGGCAUAUGUCUUAUCGGUAUUUCCAUGCUUCCGAGUAUUCCAAAGCGAAUGGAACUUUUCGCCAACAAAUUUAGUGAAAAUUUUGAACCGAUCGCUUAUGACUGUACAGAGAAUUACAUCAUAGAAAAGGUUCUAGCAGAAAUGAGAACUAAUAAACUCAGUUCAAAUUUCAAUGUGAGCUUUUACUCACAACUCUAUUGUUCACAGGACCAUAUACACUGA